UACACCAAUAUCCGCCUCUUUUUUUUUUUUUACUGUCUCUUCUUUUUCUGCAGGACAGUUGUUUGCUCUCAGCAGCAGCUGCCGGAGCUAGCAGAACUGGCCGUCGGGAGAGAGACGGAGGCAGGCAACGCCGCCUGGUCCUGCCAUCCCAUUUCACUGCUCACCUCAACCUGGAGAGUCAGGACCUAUUCUCUCCCUGCACUCGCUCUGCGCGAUGCGCGGGGGCCGGUCACUCCAUACUGCCCGGACAGCCAGGCUGGGUGGAACAGGGUUCUAGAGUGGAACAGGGGGUUCUGCCUUUACUGUGACUUUCUGAAAGCUCACCGUCAGUGUCUUUUGACAGUACAGCGCCUGGCGUGGGACGCGGAGAGGAGGCUUUAGUUGCCAAACGGCUUCUUUCUCCUCUGGUGGUUUGGAUUUGUUUCCUCAGCCCCCUCCUCCCUCCCUUUUUUCUCCCCUCCCGCCUUUAGCGAGGUGACACAGGCGACACCUGCUCGCUUGUGUUCGAUAUUGGGACUCGCACCUUCUCGGUGGAGACGGUGCCAGGGCACUGGUGACCGGGGGACCGCGCGGGUUUCCCUGCCUGGCGGCCCAUGAUGCCUAGAGGGGCCGCGGGUGGGCUGCGGGGAGCCCUGCCCGCAGCGCUGCAAGGCGGCAUUGAGCGGCUGCAGCCGGCCGGGAGCUGCUGCUAAGCGGGCUCGAGCUGACGGCGCAAAGUCUCCGAGAGGGCACCGGCGGGGACCUGUCUGCGGACCGCGGGAACGCGGGCACCGGGACCGAGGAACACGAGCGUCCUGCGGGGAGACGUCUGCUGGGCUCAGAGCCUCUCCUGCCCCACGCGACUCCUCCACAGCGGAGACCCGGGACCUGCGAGAGCCGGGGAGCUCGGGAAGUGCGUGGCGGAGGCUGCUUCCCUGAAGGUGAAUCAUUCCGUCCAAUUGCCUUUCCCCAGAGAACGAGAGGGCGGGCGGGAGAGAGGGAACAGAGGACGUGCGAGAGUGUGUGCGUGUGAGGGAGAGGCAGCGUGAGGCGGGCGGAAAAGUCUUUCCUCGGCGUUAAAAGCAAACAAAUCAGAGAUGGAAGAAGAGCGGUGAUUGCAGCGAGACCGCCUUGAUUCUCGCAGUCGGGGGAGCUGAGCGCACCGCGCGCACCCGGCGCGGACAGCGGGCGGCCGAGGGCUUCGGGACUUUGGCGUUGCCUCAGUAAACAAAUCUUUUGAUUACUUUGACAGUGUGGAAUAAAGAGAGGGGGAAAAGAGAUCUGGCGCGCGCACUCCAUCUUCCCCAGCUGCUUUAGGGGGUUCACAUUCGGAUGUCAAGAGAUUCCCGAUCCCUCUUUGCCAUCGGAGGAGGACACACACACGCGCGCGCACACUCGCACGCUCAGGGGCACACUCACACGCCCUCCACGAGCACACAGCACCAGCCUUCGGUUCCCUAUGCCCCUGGAUGGUGACGGCGGAUUGGCAUCUUGGAAGCGAUGCAAGAGCGGUAAGGCUGGCGCCGGCCCGCGGAAGCUGCAGGAGCAUCGCUAGGUGUUGCCGCCACCGGGAAGCCGUGCUGCAGGAUGAAUAAGAGAUAUUUACAGAAAGCAACAAAAGGAAAACUGCUAAUAAUAAUAUUUAUUGUAACCUUGUGGGGGAAAGUUGUAUCCAGUGCAAACCAUCAUAAAGCUCACCAUGUUAAAACGGGAACUUGCGAGGUGGUGGCACUCCACAGAUGCUGUAAUAAGAACAAGAUAGAAGAACGGUCACAAACAGUCAAGUGUUCCUGCUUCCCCGGGCAGGUGGCAGGCACCACUCGAGCUGCUCCAUCUUGUGUGGAUGCUUCCAUAGUGGAACAGAAAUGGUGGUGCCAUAUGCAACCUUGUCUAGAGGGGGAGGAAUGUAAAGUUCUUCCAGAUCGGAAAGGAUGGAGCUGUUCAUCUGGGAAUAAAGUGAAAACAACUAGGGUAACUCAUUAACUAAGGAUAAAUCAGGUGAUCCUCAAGGCUGAUGACAUUGAACAUACGCAUAGAAACUUAACUCCUGAGGUGACCUCGAAGGAAGAUUUUUAUAUCACUCAGAAGAGGCCCACCAGGGUCUAUUUCCAAGGGAUUUCAUUGGACUCCUCUUGAAAUCAAGACUUUUAAAAAGACAUGAACUUCAAUGUCAUGAAGAUUUCAUCAGAUUUGAACUGUGUUCAACUUGUAAAAUUGCUAAAAGAAUUUCAA